CUUGUGUUUUUCUUCUAUUAGGAAAUUUAUAAUGGAGUACAUAUCUAUAUAAAUAAAAGUCUAGAUCGAAUAAGACCCUCUAGAAUUGAAAUUUCUUAAUAAGUUUUCUUGCGAAGGAAUGUCACAAGAUUUCAUUCAGACCCUGAACCUACUACCUUUCUUCUCUCAACAAUUCAUAAUUUCAAUUCUUUCCUUUAAAUUCAUCAGACCCUGAACCUACUACCUUUCUUCUCCCAACAAUUCAUAAUUUCUGCUAGCUUACAUCUUUUUCCUUUUCUCUUCUUGUAUGCAUCUUUCUCAGCUUCUUCUGUUAAUCUUUUUAUUGUGUUAUAUUGAUCAACUGGUGCUCUGGAGAUCUCUUGGUGAUUAACCAAUAUCAUUCUUUGUUUUCAUAUUGUCGAGACGAUCAAGAAGCAAGGAAGCUAGCUGCAGAUAGCUCUUAAUAUAUGGAGAAUUCUCAAUGGAUUGCAGGCGGACAUAAGUACCAUAAUCAACUCUGGUUUGUCCUAACAGCUUCCUUCCUUAUAUUCUUGGUAUUGAUUUGUACAGACUAUUCCUCUCUAAACUCUGGAAGAAGUUUCAAUCAGGUCACCUAUUUCGUUACCAACUUUGCAAAUGUAAUUGCUACCCAAAACCAAGAUCAACACCAUCCCAACUCUCUUCCUCCUCAAGCUACAGAUUCUCAAACAGCCGAUCAAACCAAGAGGAUCAGUAAUUCUAGUAUUACUAAUACAUCUAGUAGCACUCCUGCUCCAUUUUCUUUUGGCUAUGAAAGAAAACCAAAUAAUGUUACCAGCUCCAAUGACACUCAAAUUGCAACUGUCAAUAAUAUUCCACCACCACAGGCUAUACCUAAUACCAAGCACCAAAUCUCUGAUUCUGAUUCGUGUUCGGGUCGAUACAUUUAUGUUUAUGAUCUUCCAAAAAGGUUCAACCAGGACAUGCUCAAGAAUUGCCAUUCCCUUCAGAGAUGGACUGACAUGUGCCCUUACAUGUCAAACAUGGGUCUAGGGCCUAAACUAACUGUAAAAUCUUCUAAGAGACGUGACCGAUUAUUGGGGGCCAAAGGUUGGUUUGCUACAAAUCAGUUUUCAUUAGAAGUUAUUUUUCAUAAUAGGAUGAAGAAGUACAAGUGCUUAACCAGUGAUUCAUCAUUGGCCUCGGCAAUAUUUGUGCCCUUUUACGCUGGCCUUGAUGUUGGUCGAUACCUCUGGGGCUACAACACAUCUAUCCGAGAUGCUUCUCCUCUAGAAUUGGUGAAAUGGCUUUCAAAUAGACCUGAAUGGAAGACAAUGUGGGGUAAAGACCAUUUCUUAGUUGGAGGCAGAAUUGCAUGGGAUUUCAGGAGACAAACAGACAAUGAUUCUGAUUGGGGAUCCAAGCUCAUGUUUUUGCCAGAAUCCAAGAACAUGACAUUGUUGUCAAUUGAAUCAAGCUCUUGGACCAACGAGCAGGCGAUACCAUACCCUACAUACUUCCAUCCCUCAAAGGAGAGUCAGGUGUCUCAGUGGCAGAGAAGAAUGAGAAAGCGGAAGAGGCCAUACCUCUUCACUUUUGCUGGUGCUCCAAGACCUGAUUACAAAGAAAAUAUCCGGGAUAUGAUUAUAAGCCAAUGCCAAUCUUCAACCAAACAUUGCAGACUUGUAGGGUGUUAUCAUGGUGCAAACAAGUGUGAUGACCCUUUAGAUGUGAUGAAGGUGUUUCAAUCGUCUGUGUUCUGCCUGCAGCCUUCCGGGGACUCAUUCACUCGUCGAUCAAUAUUUGACUCCAUCUUAGCAGGCUGCAUUCCGGUUUUCUUCCAUCCGGGUUCAGCUUAUGUGCAGUACACAUGGCACUUUCCCAGUAGCCCAUCGAAGUAUUCAGUGUUUAUAUCAGAAAAUGAUAUCAAGGAGAAGAAGGUGAUGAUCAAUGAGACAUUGCUGAGAGUUCCCAAAGAUGAAGUACUAGCAAUGAGGGAAGAAGUUAUAAGGUUGAUUCCGAAAAUAAUAUAUGCAGAUCCAAGGGCAUCUGGAUUGGACACAUUUGAAGAUGCAUUUGACAUAGCAGUUAAGGGACUACUUGACAAAGUAGAGAAAACUAGGAGGGAGAUGGAAGAGGGUAAAGAUCCCGGUAAUGCUUUCUCACUACUAAACGGUACCAAAUUUGAAAUGCCUGGGACUAAGAGAAAUGCAAGGACAGUGAGAAUGAAGGAGCCUCAAAGACAGAGAGAAAGUUGAUGUAAUCUUUUCAGCUGUAGCGCCAUACCAUGUUGUAAAUUGGAGGACAAUUUUUAAUUAUAAGAUUAGUGUUCGAUUUUUUCAUGUGAUAGUACUUUUUUUGUUUUGUUUUGUUUUUUUUUUUCGUGGAAGAUACUGAUAUGAAGAGAAAAGGAAAGGACCAAUUAGCGAGU